UUUAUCUAGAAUCAAGCCUGAGCACCGUUGAACUGUCAAAGGUUCUUUUCCGGUUUCGCUUACGACCAAGGAGAUAUAUUAACCAUGGGCCGUUACUCACGUGAGCCAGAUAACGCCACCAAAUCGUGCAAGGCGCGCGGACCAAAUCUACGUGUGCAUUUCAAGAAUACACACGAGACCGCCCAGGCUAUUAAGCGUAUGCCCCUGCGUCGUGCCCAGCGUUUCCUCAAGGCUGUUGUCGAUCAGAAGGAAUGCGUUCCAUUCCGCCGUUUUAAUGGUGGCGUUGGUCGUUGCGCCCAGGCUAAGCAAUGGAAGACCACACAGGGUCGUUGGCCCAAGAAAUCGGCCGAAUUCCUGUUGCAGUUGCUGCGCAACGCAGAAGCCAAUGCUGACUACAAGGGACUCGAUGUCGAUCGUCUAGUUGUCGACCACAUUCAGGUGAACCGUGCUCAGUGCCUGCGUCGUCGUACAUACCGUGCCCAUGGUCGCAUCAAUCCCUACAUGUCAUCGCCAUGCCACGUUGAGGUCAUCCUCACCGAGAAGGAGGAGGUCGUCUCAAAGACCACUGAUGAUGAGCCGACAAAGAAGAAGCUCUCCAAGAAGAAGCUGCAGCGCCAGAAGGAGAAGAUGUUGCGUUCUGAAUAAAAAUUUUUAAUAUAUUCUGUGUUUUGGCGUGUCCUGUGGGGGCCCCAAAGCGCUGAUGUGUCAACAAAAAAAAACUAAAACAAAA